AUGUCGACCCCAUGGCAACCUCCCGAAGACUUCGACGAUGACGAAGACAACCAACUGGACGACAUUCAAUACCAGAACCAGAAGGACGGGACGCUAUUCAUGAUUGAUGUCUCUAAAUCUAUGCUCAACCCUGACGACGAGGAUCCUACGUCAAAUCCCGUCAGAACUGCGUUGGAGUGCGCGUAUAAGGUGCUAUUACAGAGGAUCAUUAGUAAUCCAAAGGAUGUGAUUGGAAUUGUCUUGUAUGGGACGGAGCAGACGAAGGUGAACGAGGGGCAGACAUAUUCGAACAUAUACAUCCUCCUUGCUCUGGACGUGCCAGACGCGCAGGGUAUCAAAGGACUGAAGACGAUUCUUGAAGACGAGGACGCGUUCAACGAACUCUGCACCCCCUCCGAGCGUCCCGUGUCAAUCACCAACGUGCUCUUUUGCGCGAACCAAAUCUUUACCUCAAAAGCCCCCAACUUCAAUUCCAAGAGACUAUUCCUGAUCACCGACAACGAGGAUCCUCACGCCUCCAACCCACAAGCACGUAAAUCAGCAUUCACCCGAGCACGAGAUCUCAACGAUCUCGGUAUCAGAAUCGAGCCGUUCUUUAUCAGGAGCGGCGAAGGGAAGUUCGAUGUAAGCAAGUUUUGGGAGCAAGUCGUGCUACCGGCAGAUGUGGAGGAAACGGAGGAAGAUGAACCCGAACUGGUGAUGGACGCAAAAACGCGUUACAAACAUCUCCUCUCGGCUAUCACCGCCAAAAGCGUCCCAAAACGAGCUAUAUACUCUGUCCCAUUCGAACUCGGCCCCGGCUUCCAAAUUGGCGUCAAGGGCUACAUCUUUUUCAAACGCCAGGAAGCAACGAAGAGCAACUACGUCUGGACUCGCGGCUCAAUCGCAAAACUCGUCGAAACCAAAUCCGAGAUGGUCUGUCAAGACACCACACGGACCCUCCAAACCACCGACGUCAAGAAAGCGUUCAAGUUCGGGGGUGAGCCUGUCGUGUUCAACAAAGACGAACUCACAUCCCUCCGCGUGAUCGAGGAUCCAAUUCUCCGUCUCCUCGGAUUCAAGCCAUUGGAUUAUCUGAAAUUCGAAUGGAACACCCGCCCGUCAUACUUCAUCUACCCAACCGACGCCGACAUAACCGGCUCGAUCCGCACCUUUUCCGCCCUCCACAAACAAAUGCUCACCUCCUCUCGCAUGGGGCUCGCCUGGCUCGUCGCCCGCCGAAACGCAUCACCAGUUUUUGUGGCCAUGGUCGCGUCGCAGGAAGUUACUGAUCCGGAAACAAAAGUCCAAAAACAACCUGCGGGGAUACAUUUGCUUCCACUCCCUUACGCGGACGAUAUCCGCUUGUUCCCGGAAAAUACGACAACACGCGCUCCUGACUCUCUUAUCGACAAAAUGCACGAUAUUGUCGCAUCGCUAUCUAUCGGUGGCUACCAGCCGGAGAAAUACCGUAAUCCGGCACUACAGUGGCAUUAUAGAAUCUUGCAGGCUGUUGCGCUGGAUGAGGAUCUUCCGACACAGGGGGAGGAUGAUACGAUUCCGAAGUAUCGGGGGAUCGAUAGGCGCGCGGGUGAUCAUAUCGCGGAAUGGGCGAAGGAGUUGGAGAAAGUCAGCUUCGUCACGACCUCUGUUCCCGUCAAAGCACCUCCCGCACGGAAACGCGGAGCGGAUCAUGGGGAGGAUGGUGGCGAGGGGAGUGUGCCGAAGAAGAGGGUCAAGGAGGAGCUGACGUGGGAAUAUGCGGCGAUGUUGUACGAGAAAGAUGCGUUGAGCAAGUUGACGGUAGCGCAGAUGAAGUCUCUUUUGGUGGAGAAAGGCGUGAAAGCGCCGACCAAGAAGGAUGAUUGCAUCCAGGCGAUGGAAAGGGUAUUAGACAACUAG